CCCCGCGCCCGCCAGUGUCCGUGUCCGUGUCCGUGGACGUGGACGUGGACGAUGGUGGCGGCCCGGGGCGCUGCCGCCCGUCGCGGAGCACUGCUGCUGCUGUUCACCGCCCUCGGGUCCUUCCGUCUGCGUCUCGCCCGUGCCGCAGCGUUGUGUCCCCGGAGCCUGGACUGUGCCCUGCAGCGCCGGGAGUUCUGCCCGCCGGGGUCAGGUGCCUGUGGGCCCUGCCUGCCCCCCUUCCAGGAGGACGACCGUGGGCACUGUGUCCAGAAGCAGCUCUCACCCAGUGGACGGACCUCUGUUCCCAGCUUGGAGGCAGAAAUUGAUUUUCUCGCGGAUGUGCUGGCCAGGCAGGAGGCUCCUCGCCAUCACCUGCUACGGGAUGGCAGACCCAGGACCACCCUGGUGCCCAACGGCGGCAGACGGCGUGUGGCCAGUGGGCUGAGAGAGGAGAAUCUGCAGCAGGGUCCCGCUGACACCAUGGUAGCCACCACGCUCCCCACCACUGCCACGGUCCAGAAGUACCCGGUGGAGGCGUCCCCCAUCCCUGAAAAUGACAACAUGGUGCUUGGGCUGAUUGUGGUGUGCACAGUGGCCGGGAUCUCAGCGCUGAUCGUGGCAGCCAUCUGCUGGUGCAGGCUGCAGAAGGAGGUCAGGCUGGCACAGAAAGCAGACUACUCAGCCCAGCGAGUAGCCAGCCCCCUGCCCUAUGACAAGAUCUCGGUAAGGCACCCAUAUCCCUCCCUCGGGGGUGUUUGGCACUCGGGCUUCAGUGCUCGGCUGGAGGGAUUCCCACAUGGUGGAGACCCUCCACCAGCCAGGCUGGGGCCCUCCAAAGCCCAAUCUUCACAGCUGUUCCUGCUCUCUCCACAGCCUGGGGACAAGACGCUGGCUCAGAGUGCCCAAAUGUACCACUACCAGCACCAAAAGCAGCAGAUGCUCUGCCUGGAGAAGCAUAAAGAGGAGCCCAAGCUGCCAGACUCAGCAUCAUCUGAUGAGGAGAAUGAGGAUGGGGACUUCACCGUGUAUGAGUGCCCCGGGCUGGCUCCGACCGGAGAAAUGGAAGUGAGAAACCCGCUGUUUGACGACUCCUCCUUACACCCCUCCAACCCCAAGUCGCACCAGUAACCACCCCAUCUCCUGCGCCCGAGCUUGCUACAGACUGUGCCCGCGGCCGUGCCCAGCGGGGUGGCCGUGCCGGAGGAGCACCCGCAGCUGGGCCGAGGGACGCUGCCAGACUGUUCAACACCUGCCCAAUAAACACCCACUAACAGCUAUGGGGGGGGAUCGCCCCCGUUUCCAGCGUC